AUGGUGAAUGGCAACCUGCGCUAUCCAUUCCUGUUGAGACCUGUCAGCGCUUCUCACUGCACCCUCUUAGCUGGUUGCGGUAUGUCGGGUUUACAAUCUAUGGCACUGAAGGCCACAUCUCUCGGUCCACCACUGGCCCAGUGGUCCAAUAUUCUGAGGUUAUAUACAGGCUGGUGUUUAUUACUACAUACCCGACUCGCAAGGACUUCAAAGUCAUCAACUAUCUCCACUCACCGGGGCGAUUUCAUCCAGAGGGUGACUGACCGUGAUGGAAUUUGUCUCAUAACUGGUGUGACAGAAAACUUUCAGGCAUGUCAUAUCCUUCCUCAUGCAAAGGGAAGCCAGAAAUGA